AUGAAGAACGGAACCAUUAGAUUUGUCAAACACACAAAGGAUGCCCUUUGCUACAGCUGGAUCAACCUCCUACUGGUCUUUGUACCAAUCGGUAUCGCCUCCCAUCUUGCCCACCUUGGCCCCGAGAUUGUCUUUGCCAUGAAUGCGGUCGCCAUCAUCCCGCUCGCUGGACUUCUUUCCCAUGCUACCGAGGCCGUCGCGGCAAGACUUGGAGACACCCUCGGAGCCCUGUUGAACGUGUCGUUCGGAAAUGCUGUCGAACUCAUCCUGUUCAUCAUCUUGUUGGCCGGCGAUCAGAUUCGCGUAGUCCAGGCCGCCCUACUGGGCUCCAUCCUCGCCAAUCUACUCUUGAUCUUGGGCAUGGCAUUCCUGCUAGGAGGCCUCAGAUUUCAGGAGCAGGUCUAUAACAGCACCGUCACCCAGAUGAGUGCUUGCAUGCUCAGUCUGGCUGUCAUGAGUCUUUUGCUCCCGACCGCCUUCCACUCCGCCUUCUCUAACUACGAUACGGCCGACCGAGAGACACUAUAUGUCAGUCGUGGAACUAGCGUUGUCUUGCUACUUGUUUAUAUCCUCUACCUGCUGUUUCAGCUGAAGAGCCACAGCUACAUGUACGCUAGUACUCCCCAGCAUAUCAUCGACGAAGAGUCGCAUCCGGGACACGUCAUGUCACGAACAGCAGCAGUCGUCAUGUUGAUGAUCAGUACCGCGCUCGUCGCCGUCUGCGCCGAUUUCAUGUCUGAUGCGAUCGAGCCCAUGGUCGAGAAGACGAAUGUCAGUGCAGCCUUCAUCGGUCUGAUCAUCCUGCCCAUUGUUGGUAACGCAGCUGAACACGUUACUGCCGUCACCGUUGCUGCCAAGAACAAGAUGGAUCUCGCUAUUGGUGUUGCGGUCGGCUCUUCCAUCCAGAUUGCCAUCUUCAUUACGCCUUUUAUCGUCAUCCUUGGCUGGAUAAUGAAUAAGGAGAUGUCACUUUACUUCAACAUAUUUGAAACCGUCGCCCUUUUCGUUACGGCCUUUGUCGUCAACUUCUUGGUUCUAGACGGAAGAAGCAACUACCUAGAAGGUAGUCUGCUCAUUGCUGCCUACGUCAUCAUCGCCCUCAGUAGUUUCUUCUACCCUGACGGCUGUGAUGCUUCACCCAUUGGUGGACAGGAAGGCACGUGUUAA